AUGAAUGUCGAUAAAAUUUUUAACAUUCCUUCGAAUAAAAUACCCAGCGGAAAGAACAAGCGAAAACUUACUGCCAACCCUAGUAUAGAAGUAUUAAAAACAGUACGCUUACAUAACGAAGAGCAGGAGGAUGGACCUUUCGUAGAAAGUGGCAGUAGUUCGAAAAAGAAAGUUGUUCGAAUAUCGGACGAAGUCGAGGAAAAAGAAUAUUAUAUAGACGAUUAUGAAGAAAAUGAAAGGCUAGAAGAAGAAGAAGAGGAGGAGGGUCGAUUUUAUGGUGGUGGACUUACUGAAGAACAAAAACGUAUUUUGGACUUGGUCGAUCAAGUUGAUGUUGAAGAGCCAGAAGCUUUAGAUGUCGCAGGAGUUCGUAAAAUGCUUCUUAAACUUGAAAAAGCUAUAACCAAGAAUCAAGAACUUCGCGUCAAAUUCCCUGAUGAUCCAACAAAAUUCAUGGAAUCCGAAGCAGAUCUUGAUGAAGGGAUCAAACAUCUAUUGACACUUACCGAAGUACCGGACUUAUAUUCUCAAGUUGUUCAAAUGGGCGCCAUUCCAUCUAUUGUUUCACUUUUAAGCCAUGAGAAUACAGACAUUGCUAUAGAUGUCGUAGAAUUAUUAAAUGAAUUGACAGAUGAGGACGUAGCUACAGAACAUGAUGAAGAUGCCAUGAAAGUUUUCAUUGACUCUUUGCUUGAAAACCAAGUUUUGGAGCUUCUUAUUCAAAAUCUUAGUAGAUUAAACGAGGAAGAAGCAAAUGAUAAACAAGGCAUUUUCAAUACACUUGGUGUAAUUGAGAAUUUUACGUCAUUUGACCCUUCAUUAUCAGAAAAGCUCGUAAAAGACACCAAUAUAUUACAAUGGAUACUGACGCGAAUCAAAGUCAGGACAUUUGAUUCUAAUAGACAGUAUUGUAGUGAAAUAUUGGCAAUCUUAUUACAAAGUAGUCGAGAAAAUAGGUUAAAAUUAGGAGAAUUAGGUGGUGUAGAUACACUAUUACAAGUUUUAAACGCCUAUAAACGAAAAGAUCCUAAAGAUGCAGAUGAGACUGAGAUGAUGGAAAAUUUUUUUGACGCAUUAUGUUCAGCAUUAGCAGAGCCUGAAAUUAAAAGAUUGUUUCUCGAGGGUGAAGGGGUAGAGUUAAUGCUAAUUAUGAUGAAGGAAAAAAUGAUGUCGAGAAUGCGUUCUAUUAAAGUAUUGGAUUAUGCAUUGUCUACUCCAGAGGGAACUAUUUGUUGUGAACGAUUCGUAGAUAUAUUUGGAUUAAAAACACUCUUUUCUAAUUUUAUGCGUAAGGGCUUAAAAAAAUUCAAAAAAAGUUACAAAUCUUUUUCGGAAGCUGAAGAAGAAGAACAUAUAAUUGGGAUAAUAGUAUCACUAUUAAAAAGCCUACCACAAAACAGCGAACACCGAUUAAGGUUAUUUAACAAAUUUCUUGAAAAUGAUCUUGAGAAAGUUGAUAGGCUACUUGAAAUGAGGGAAACCUAUGAACUCAAAGUUUCAACGGUUGAUAAGGAAAUUGAAGAAGAGAAAGAGAUUAAAGAACAUGUAACGAUCCUCUUGAAUCGUACCGGACGGAGCAUGUCAAAUGUGAAAACCGUAUUGGAAGAACAUGGAAGGUAG